AUGCAUCCGACUCGACAUCUCCUUAUUUCUGCCCACGCUGAUGGGUUACUUGCCUUUUGGCCAUCUGUCUGCACUGCACCUGGUCUAGCUGGAAUCAACAGCUUUGAAUCCUCCGGCAGUAUGCCAUCUUCUUUUCUUCACCUUGCUUCUGACACAGUGCUUGAGCCUGCUCGAAUUGUCCGACUAGACCAUUACGUCGCUAGCGAUUCUACUCUUACUGAUCAAGCUCCACUUGGCCGGCCUACUUGUCUAUGCUAUCUACACAACUGCCCUGAGCCCACAACAUCAUCACACUGUCUCGUCGGAACUAGCACUGGCUGGCUAAUGCUCGUCGACAUUGAAACCGGUGUUAUGGUAAAUAAGAUUGCGCCAGCUCGAGACGAUGCUGUUGAUUUGAUAGUCCGCAGAUCUCUCGGCACAGACAACGAUACCUCCACUCUGGCCUUACCUCCCUUCUGGUCUCAGCUUGGUCUGCAUGCCCUUGCUUCACACCACACACUUAACAUGGUUGUUGGGGCUCAUCAGGAUCGCCGUGUUCGUUUUUAUGACGUUGCUCGCUUGUCAGGGUCCUGCUCCGCUGGUGUGUGCAUUGAGAGCAUGGUCACACACCUUGAUUCAGUAACUAGCCUUGCCGUCGAUCCACAUGGUCUUUACCUGCUAACUGGAAGUAGGUCACUAAAAAUGAUUUUGUUGCGCCAUCUCCAUAGUCAAUCAUAA